AUUCCUCAGAAGCACCAAGUCUCUCUCUCAAGCACUGAUUGCUGUCCGCAGCCCCGAGUUUUGAGUGCUUGCAACUCACGAGCCACGCGGAGGGAUGAAAUAACAAUCCCUGCUGCCCAAUUCAUUACUCCUUACCACGCCGACGCCCUCUGCAAACACCAUGGCUUGCACCAACCUCCAAUCCUCCCUCCGCCGCCUGGUCCGCGAAGCCAGCCGCUCAGGUCCUCGCGAGAUCCCCUCGUUCCUCGUCCCCGCGCUGUCUCGCCCGUUCAGCGCGAGGCAAGCUUCGACGCUCGCCGCCGAGACGCAGACCCCGAGCCACCAGUCACGGAUCGGCAGAGCCCCCAUCACCAUCCCCCCAGAAGUGUCGUUGCGGUUUUAUGAGCUGCCCAAGGGCAAUGUGCGGAGUCGGCAUCCCGACACGCCGAACAUGGCGUUGGAGGUCACGGGCCCUCUAGGACAAAUGACCGUGCCUUUACCGCCUUACCUGCAAGCCGAACUGGACGACUCUGCAAAGAAGAUCAAUAUCAACGUCAAAGAUGCGGCGGAGAAGCAUCAAAGAGCAAUGUGGGGGACUAUGCGCGCCCUCGUCCAGAACUCCGUCUCGGGCGUCUCCGAAGGCCACCUCUGCAUCCUGCGACUCGUGGGUGUCGGCUACCGCGCCACGAUCGAGGACACCGCGCAGACCAAGACUCCGCAGUACCCCGGCCAAAAGUUUGUAAACCUGAAGCUCGGUUACGCGCACCCGGUCGAGAUGGGCGUGCCCCGCGGCGUCAAGGCCUCGACCCCUCAGCCGACGCGGAUCUUGCUCGAGGGCUGCGAUAAGCAGGUGAUCAAGCAGUUCGCGGCGGAGAUCCGGGCGUGGAGGAAGCCCGAGCCGUACAAGGGCAAGGGCAUCUUUGUGAACGACGAGACUAUACGCUUGAAGGCCAAGAAGAUUAAGUAGACGGUAACCAAGAUGAGGAGGAGAGGAGAAUAGCAGGGAGGGCACAAAAUGGAGGAGUAUGGCCCGGGAAGAGAAUUGGGCCUCGGAGCUGGGACGCAUUCUGUGUCUUCAGGACCAGCACCAGGUUCCAGCGAUCCUCGACGAGGAGAUGGAGACAGGUUCCAUGCAAGGAAAUUACAUCUGUGCGUCAGGAACCCCUUGUAUUCUCGGUUCCAUGGGAGAUGGGACCUUGUACAUAUAUAUCUAGACACGUGAAUCCAAACCGGUCGCCGGUCACAUCGCGAAGGAGAGGUCGCAGAAUGAGGAGUCCUCUAUCCCUCUGUCAGCACGUAUGGGACGGUUCAUUCAAAGCUCGAUUCAAGGCACGCGGGUCUUCAUCUCAUCCGCACGCGUGGGGAUAUACGCCUACUUGCCCGCCUCAAGUUUUCAAAAGGUUGUAAGGCUCAAGACUCAUUCACAGACAGAGAUGGAAAAAAACCUGUCUAGUAGCUAGCUAAAGCUAUCUAACAUGUACCAAACA